GUUCAGUGAGACUCCAGGGUGGCAAGAAUGAGUUUGAAGGUACAGUGGAGGUUUAUUUGAAUGGAAUCUGGGGAACAAUCUGUGGGAGCCAUUGGGACAAUAAUGAUGCAACAGUCGUGUGUCGACAGCUUGCACUUGGUGAAAAAGGUACAGCAAAACACAUACCAUUUUCUGGACUGGGCCUUAUCCCUGUUUUCUGGAGUGAAGUGCGUUGUCGUGGUGAUGAAGAAAACAUACUGUUAUGUGAAAAAGACACCUGGCAGGAUGGAACAUGUCCUCAAAAAAUGGCAGCUGCUGUCACAUGUAGCUCCUCCCUGGCCCCUGUCUUCACUCCGAUCCGGCUGGCUGGGGGCAGCAACCCUCACGAAGGAAGAGUAGAAGUCUACCACGGUGGCCAGUGGGGGACUGUCUGUGAUGACCAGUGGGAUGAUGCAGAUGCUGAAGUUGUCUGUCGGCAGCUUGGCCUUGGGGGUGUUGCCAAGGCAUGGGGCCAGGCUUACUUUGGAGAAGGUUCUGGCCCUGUGCUGCUGGAUGAAGUGCAGUGUACAGGAAAUGAACUGUCCAUAGAACAGUGUCCAAAAAGCUCCUGGCGAGAACACAACUGCGGCCACAAAGAAGAUGCUGGUGUUUCCUGCACACCUCUCACAGAUGGUGCAUUAAGACUUGCCAGUGGGAAGGGCAGCCAUGAGGGACGCCUGGAGGUCUAUCACACCGGCCAGUGGGGCACGGUCUGCGACGAUGGGUGGACAGAGCUGAACACGCAGGUUGUUUGCCGGCAGCUGGGAUUUAAGUAUGGAAGAAGUGCACCUGAGAGCUUCUCAGAAGGAAGCUCUGGGCCCAUCUGGUUGGAUGAUGUCAGCUGCUCCGGGAAGGAGACAAACCUUCUGCAGUGCUCACGGAGAGAGUGGGGAAAGCAUGACUGCAACCAUCAGGAGGAUGUCAGACUCAUCUGCCACCCAGACAGCGACAGCCAUAAACUCUCCCUUGGUCCUCCCAUCAGGCUGAUGGAUGGUGAGAAUAAGAAGGAAGGACGUGUGGAGAUUUUUAUCAAUGGCCAGUGGGGCACAAUUUGUGAUGAUGGAUGGUCUGAUAAGGAUGCAGCUGUAGUCUGCCGACAGCUUGGCUACAAAGGUCCAGCCAGAGCAAGGACAAUGGCCUAUUUUGGUGAGGGCAAAGGCCCAAUCCACGUGGAUAAUGUGAAAUGCACAGGAAGUGAGAGAUCCUUGGCAGACUGCAUCAAGCAGGACAUCGGGACACACAACUGCCGCCACAGCGAGGACGCAGGGGUGAUCUGUGACCACCUCAGCAAGAAGGUGCCUGGGAACAGCAAUAAAGAUUCUCUUGCUUCUGUUUGUGGACUGAGGUUACUACAUCGUCGGCAAAAGCGAAUAAUUGGUGGGAAAAAUUCUUUACGGGGUGGCUGGCCGUGGCAGGUUGCACUGAGACUGAAAUCCCCUCAUGGUGACGGGAGGCUCCUGUGUGGUGCUACACUCAUCAGCAGCUGCUGGGUCCUCACUGCUGCACACUGCUUUAAAAGGUAUGGCAACAACACUCGGAACUAUGCUGUGCGGGUUGGAGACUACCACACACUGGUACCGGAGGAGUACGAGGAAGAAAUUGGAGUCCAAGAGAUUGUGAUGCAUAAAGAGUACAGACCUGACAGCAGCGACUAUGACAUUGCCCUGGUGAGGCUGCAGGGGCCAGAGGAGCAGUGUGCCAGAUUCAGCACUCAUGUCCUACCUGCUUGCUUGCCAUUGAGGAGAGAGAGACCACAGAAAACUGCUCCCAACUGUUACAUCACUGGAUGGGGUGACACAGGACGGGCUUAUUCAAGAACAUUACAACAGGCUGCCAUCCCCUUACUGCCCAAGAGGGUAUGUGAGGAGCGGUACAAAAGAAGGUUCACAGGAAGAAUGCUCUGUGCUGGGAACAUCCAGGAACAGAAACGUGUUGAUAGCUGCCAGGGCGACAGCGGGGGACCACUGAUGUGUGAACGGCCAGGGGAGAGCUGGGUCGUGUAUGGUGUGACCUCCUGGGGCUAUGGCUGUGGGGUCAAAGAUUCCCCAGGUGUCUACACAAAAGUAUCAUCUUUUGUACCCUGGAUAAAAAGUGUGACCAAACUAUGA